AUGCCAACCGAUUCGGAAAUCGAUAAGAUUGGCCGAUUACUAAACGAUAACAAGCAGCCACUUUGUGCACGAUUUCGAGCUCUUUUCAUUUUGCGCAACCUUGGAUGUGACCGCUCAGUUGAGUGGAUUGGACGAUGUUUUGGUGACUCAUCCGCCCUUCUGAAGCAUGAAUUAGCUUACUGUCUUGGUCAGACACAGAAUGAAACAGCGAUACCUGUUCUUGAAUCUGUGCUUCAGGAUGAAAAUCAAGAGGUUAUUGUACGUCAUGAAGCAGGUGAAGCACUAGGAGCAAUUGGUUCCUGCUCUUCUGCAGCUAUCCUUGAAAAAUACAUCAACGAUCAAGCCCAAGCAAUUGCAGAAACGUGCAGGUUAGCAUUGCGAAGGAUAAUGUGGCUUCAAGAAAGUAAAAGUGUUCAUAAAGAAAAUGAGAAAGGAAGUCCAUACAAUUCAAUAGACCCAACUCCUGCCUCAGCUGAAACUAAUAUUGAUAAGCUUUCUUCGAUUUUAACGGAUGCAACAAAAUCAUUAUGGGAAAGGUAUCAAGCUCUGUUCACCCUUCGGAAUAUCGGCACAGAUGAAUCUAUAAAAACACUUGCAAAAGGAUUGACUUGUAGUGACAGCGCACUAUUCCGGCAUGAAGUUGCUUAUGCUUUGGGUCAGGCACAAUCACCAGUAGCAGUUACGGAACUAAAACAUUCCCUGGAAAAUAGAGAAGAAAAUUGUAUGGUGCGACAUGAAUGUGCUGAAGCUUUGGGAGCAAUAGCAACCAAAGAAUGCGAGGAAGUGCUGGAGAAGUUUCGAAACGAUCCCGAGCGUGUUGUGCGAGAAAGUUGCGAAAUAGCACUUGAUAUGGCAGAAUAUGAGAGUAGUGUUACCGAUGUGGCAACUUUCCGGCUUGUUAUUUGGAUUAUAAGUUCUGAUUGUUCUGUGAAUUUAAUUGGAAUGGUCGCUAGUUUACUUCAGCAUUUAGUCCGAAAUGCUGCCUCUAGGCAGUGCUUCGUAAUUUUGAAACCAGGUCAAUUAGUGCCCUUGAACAAGAGAUUUUAUCAAACAACAAGUACAAAUGAUCCGACCGCUUUAACUGCUGGAGACUUAGGUCGUCUGUAUCAGGUUAGCAAUGAAGAUAUUGAUACACUAUAUUAUCGAUAUAUGUUGCCUCCGAAAUUCCGGAAACAAGUGGAAACAUUAAAUGAAUGUGUUUGGUUAUACAGGCAACCAACACUUGAAGCAACCACAUGUUUAAAGUUGGUAGAUGUGAACAUUCCAAAUUUACGUGUGGUACUAUGGGGACGAUGGGGCACUGGUAAAUCGAUGACUGUUUUCCAAACAAUUUAUCAUAUGUGGAGGCAAGGAUGGAUAAUAUUUACAAUACCGAAUGUGAUAACGAUUAUGAGGGAUUAUGAUGAAGUGAAACCAUCAACUUAUCAUGAAGGUCGUAUUGAUUUUCCUUUGCUUGGACACCAAAUACUGCGAAGAUUCAAACUGAUGAAUACACCCAACUGGGAAAAACUUAAGGAAUGCAAGGCCCAGAAACACUACAAAUGGUCCAAAGUUGAGGAAACAAAAGAAGGAGAACCAAUCACAAAUAUCGUUGACAUUGGUCUUUCUGCUCCCUCUUUAUCAUCAGAUUGUGUUGGUGGUUUACUUCGAGAGUUAACGCAUCACUGUAGUGCUGGUAGAUUUCCAUUGCUUGUGACAAUUGAUCAUGCAAAUUCUCUUUAUGGCAAAACAACAAUGAAGGAUAGAAAUCAUAAAUUUGUAGAUCCUAAAUACUUCACCUUGAUUCAUCAUCUUCGGAAGUUAUUACGAAAUGAUUGGACGAAUGGUGCAUGCUUGCUGGUUGCGGAUAAAAGAGAAGUCAGUGACGCACGUGAUCAUCUUACAGUACCACUGGAAACACCACUGGAACUUUUUGGAGAGGAUAUAGAAAAAAUAGAGCCUUUCAUACCCAUUGAAACUUCAUUGUAUACGGCCGAAGAAAUGGAUAUUCUCUAUGGCUAUUAUCUUGAAAAGAAUUGGAUUGCCUCUGAAUCAGGUCGCACAGAACGAGCAAAAAAAGAAUUAAAGUUCUUGAGUGGAAGGAAUCCGUACUACUAUGAACGAAUUUGUGCUUUUGUUUGAUGUUAGAAUAAAA